UGUAUUAAAAUCAACAAAGGCAAUAUCAUUUGGAAGCUUCUUUAAUCGUAUUGUAUCCUUCGGGUUAAAUCGUUACUUGCGAAAUAAAACAUUCUUUUCCUUCAUCCAUCUAUCUGAUCAUCAACCAUGUCUGCCGAACUCGCUGUCGUCUACGCCGCUCUCAUCCUUGAGGAUGACAACAUUGAAAUCACCGCUGACAAGCUCCAAACUCUUGUCUCUGCUGCUGGUGUUGAAGUUGAGCCUAUCUGGUUCUCUCUCUAUGCUAAGGCUCUCGCUGGUCAAGACCUCAAGGCCCUUCUUAUGAACGUUGGUGCUCCUGGUGCUGUCCCUGCUGGCGGUGCUGCUGCUGCUGGCGGUGCUGCUGCUGGUGGUGAUGCCCCUGCCGAAGAAGAGAAGGCUGAAGAGAAGGAAGAGUCCGACGAUGACAUGGGCUUCGGUCUUUUUGAUUAA